CUACAGUAAUUACACAUCAGUUGCAAGGUGCGGCAAGCAGUUGGAUGGGAGAUCAUAGUGAUGUCAGGACAGGGAGGACUUACUGCAGGAGAUAAGGCCAUCUAAUGGAGAUGAAAUGAAUCGGUAUUUAAAAGGUCUUUUUUAGUUAAGGCAGUUAGCUGGCAGCAGACUGUGCUCAGUAGUCAAGAAGGACAGUAGAGAAAGACAGUCUGUAAACUAUCCAGAGGUUGUUCCUCAACAUUUUUUACUUGUGUUUCACCUGAAUUGGGACAGAACCAGUUCCAAGCUCUGCUCACCGGUUCAAGCUUAAAGCGUUCAGAAGGUCAAAGGUCGAGUGUGUCAUGACCCCACGGGAGCAGCUGAGGAAGAUGACAGCACUGGGAGAGCAGGGGGCUAUGGAUGAGAAGCACUGGUACCGUCUGGUCAAUGGAAUGUCAGCUGGAGAGCUGAGGCAGAGGCAAGAGAUUAUAAUGAGGAACCAGAUGGCCAUGGCUCCACAGAUUCUCACCCAGGGGCAGCAGAGGUUACAGGGGGUCUCAACACAGUUCGAACCUCGCUUCAUGGAGAGAGAGCUUGUUCCCCCCUCCGAGAUGGUAGCUUCAGAGGCCAGACAGAUGCACAUGGGACCUCACCUGGGUCCACCUCUACCUCCCCAUGCCAAUGUUCUGCCUGGGAGAGCUUUUCCUGGAGCAGCUGGCUACGGCUUCUUGCCCUCGGAGCCCAUGGAAACAGUUGCCCGGCGACAGGAGUUCAUUCACAAGCAAAACAUAGCCAGAAUGGAGAUGAAUGCCAUCCUGCACCAGAAGGAGUUGGAGAAUGCCCACCAGAAGGGACUCAUGGGAAUCGAUAAUCACAUGUCAUACCCUUCCAACCCCAUGGCAUUUAGAGGUCGUCAGCGCAUGCCAGACGGCCAAGAUGUCUUUGUCCACCGUCCCACCUUGGAUGAACUGCACUCCAACAGCAUCCUCAUGUCAGCCAGCCCUUACCCACCAAUCAGCACACUGCACAGAGAGAGGGGACGCAGGGCUGGUAGGAGGCCAACGGCUCACAAGAGCUCAGAGAGUCAUGUGUCCAACAUGAAGGGCAAUACUGAAGAUAAAAGUGUAGAGCAGAGCCCAGGAGCCACAUCAGGGGAAGAAAAAGAAGUGGAGGCUAAGGGGGACAUGGGAGAGGAGUGUCCCACUAGCAAGACGCACCAUCAAGCAAAAAUAGACUCGGAACUUGCCACAGGAAGCCGGAAGAACUACAAAGAUGGAGACCCAGGCCUGCGUAAAGCCUGUGUAAACAGCCAAGAUGGGUCAGAUGUGGCUAACAGUGGUGCAAAUGAUAAAGACAUAUCCAGUCAAUGUUCAGCUUUUCAGGAGAAAUUCAUGUAUCCCUCUGGUGGCGGAGCGCUCACAGGCAUGCCUUACAUGUCCCCAGUCCCUGGAAAUGGUUUCCUUCCACCUGGUCCACCCAAUCUCUUUCUCAAUGGUGAUGAAGUGCCCGAAGACAUUAGGAAGUGGACAGUGAAUGAUGUUUACAACUUUAUCAACAGUAUACCCACAUGUUCAGAAUAUGCUCAGGCGUUCAAGGAUCACAUGAUCGACGGAGAGUCGCUGCCCCUCCUGUCAGAGGAGCAUCUUCUGGACACACUGGGGCUCAAACUGGGACCUGCUCUUAAGAUCCGCUCACAGGUGUCCAGGCGUCUGGGCAGCAUGCUGUACAUGAUGAAUUUGCCGCUCUCCACCUCCAACCUGCAGGCCACUCCAGAGAAGCCUGCCGACCGCUCAUCCGAGAUCGGCUCCCCUGUUAACUGUAACAGUGAGGAGAUGAUGGCGAGUCCAAGAGACCCUGAUGUCCUCAAACCUACAGAGCACUUGCCCGAGACAGAAAACAAUUCCCCUCCAUCUGCCAGCAGUGAGACAGCCUGAUCAGAACUGAUAAUGUGGAAAGAUGCAAACCUACCCAGGCCCAGUCUGCACUGACAGUAAAGCAUCGCAAACUUCUUCCCUUUCCCGAGCCACAUCAACCAGCUCCGGCUUGGGGAUCCCGAGGCGUUCCCAGGCCAGGUUGGAGAUAUUCUCUCCACCUAGUCCUGGGUUUUCCUCGGGGCCUCCUCCCAGCUGGACGUGCCUGGAACAUCUCCCUAGGGAGUCGCCCAGGAGGCAUCCUUACCAGAUGCCCAAACCACCUAAAUAUUUGUAUUUUACAUAAUAUGUACAUAUUUUUAAUCAGAGUGACACUGAUGAGUUAUGAGACCAUGAGAUGGUCCAAUAUAUUUUUUUCUCUUUUUUAUAUAAUUAUAUACAUCUGCAUGUCUAAGUGUAGCUUUAAAUGUACUUAUUUUUUAACAUGCUAAGUGUCAUUUCUCCAGUAGGCUGUCACGAGGACCAUAAAAAUAAUAAGGGAAUAGUUUUAUAAUCGAACAAUGAAAUAUCUAACUAAGGUGUUUGGAUGUUUGAUAACUUUUUUGUGUGUUGGAUUGCAAUUAAAGUGUUUUUCUACAUAUGACCGGCAGUGCUGUCUAUCUGUUAAGGUAAGGAAUAAUAAGUGAAUAUCAAGAAUCACAUAUUUUGAUGUGCAAAGUAAUUAAAGGUAUCAAAUA